CUCCGACGAGGAAUCGACAUCGUUGACGUUGCCUUGAACAGCGACCAAUGUCUUCCGUGCUAUUGCGCUCGUUGGCCCGAACAACGACGAGGACAACACCCGCGUCGAGGCUUUUGCGCAGGAAUAUAUGUGCAACCCCCGUUGCUCGGCGGGCUGCUGAACCGUCUCUUGAGGAGGGGGCAAAAACUGCUUUCGACUAUCAUACCGUGGAGGAUUUGCAGCAUUUGGACGCUUCGGAGAUCUUGCCAACGCCAGGAAGUAAAGAGGAUGCGAAAAUGAGGCAUUUCACAGUUAACUUCGGUCCUCAGCAUCCAGCUGCUCACGGUGUGCUGCGUAUGAUUUUGGAACUCAAUGGAGAAGAGAUUCUGCGCGCGGACCCACACAUCGGUCUGCUUCAUCGUGGCACGGAGAAACUAAUUGAAUACAAGACGUACAUCCAAGCCCUACCCUACUUUGACCGUCUUGACUACGUUUCAAUGAUGACGAACGAGCUCUGCUACUCUCUAGCGGUAGAAAAGCUUCUGAACAUCGAGGUGCCCGCCCGUGCUCAAUGGAUCCGAGUUCUCUUCGGCGAAAUAACGCGUAUUCUUAACCAUCUCAUGGCCAUCCUCACACACGUCAUGGACGUCGGUGGUCUCACCCCCUUCCUCUGGGGCUUCGAAGAGCGCGAAAAGCUCAUGGAGUUCUACGAACGCGUUUCCGGCGCGCGUUUGCACGCCGCCUACGUCCGUCCGGGAGGUGUAGCCUUCGACCUCCCCCACGGACUCCUUGACGACAUCUUCAAAUGGGGAACCCAAUUCAGCAGUAGGGUUGACGAGAUUGAGGAGGUCGUUACGGGUAACCGUAUUUGGAAAGAGCGGACGAUUGGGAUUGGACCUGUCACUGCCAAGCAGGCUUUGGAUUAUAGUUUCAGUGGGGUUAUGCUGCGUGGCAGUGGGAUUGCGUGGGAUUUGAGGAAGGUGGCCCCAUAUGAUAAGUACGAUGAGGUUGAGUUCGACAUUCCUGUAGGCAAGAACGGUGACUGCUAUGACCGCUACUUGUGCCGUGUCCAGGAGAUGCGAGAGAGCUUGCGGAUUAUUAGCCAGGCGCUCAACAAGAUUACCCCUGGUGCUGUGAAGGUCGACGACCACAAGCUUGUGCCUCCACCCCGUGCUAUGAUGAAAGAAAGCAUGGAGUCACUCAUCCACCAUUUCAAAAUCUUCAGUGAAGGGUACUCUGUCCCCCCAGGCGAGACUUACAGCGCUAUCGAGGCUCCCAAGGGAGAGAUGGGCGUCUACCUCGUUUCCGACGGCUCCAACCGCCCAUACAGGUGUAGUAUACGCGCCCCUGGGUUCGCUCAUCUUGCUGGUUCAGAUUUCAUGAUGAGACAGCACAUGCUCGCGGACGCCGUUGCUAUCAUUGGUACUAUGGGAGAGGUUGAUAGAUAGAUUUCUUGGAACUAGAAAAAAACCUGCGAAAUCUACUUUUGUUUGCUUUCU